AUGCGCUUCCACCGGCUCCUGCCACUGCGGCAAGGACUGCACCUGUGCCGGUUGCCCCGUAAGUUCCCCUCCUGGACACUGAUCGCACCAUCAGCCACCAAGAUGAUGUUACUGACACUCUUGCCACAGAACAAAUAA